AUGAAAAUUAUCUUUGCUUUUUGCCUACUUUUUGUGGGAGCGUAUUGCGCAGCAAUUUUUGAUGGACAAUUGAACGACUCUUGGACGUUAUUCAAACGUGUGCACAAGAAAGAGUACGCAACGAUUGAAGAAGAAACUGCCCGACAAACAAUCUGGGAAACAAAUGUUGCCAAGAUUCGUAAGCAUAAUCUUGAAUAUGACCUCGGUCUCCAUACCUACUACAUGAAGAUAAAUCAUUUCGGUGAUUUAACUCACGAAGAAUUCAAGAAAAGUAUGAACGGAUUUAAAGUGAAUGCUAAUGUUGAUAGCAGCAAAAACGAUCGACACAUAUUUUUAGCACCUUCCAAUGUCGCUAUUCCAGAUACAAUUGAUUGGCGCAAAGAAGGUUAUGUCACUCCAGUAAAAGAUCAAGGACAAUGCGGUUCAUGUUGGGCUUUCUCAGCUACUGGCUCACUCGAAGGACAACACUUUGCCUCAACCAAACAACUUGUUUCUCUUUCUGAACAACAAUUGGUCGACUGUUCAACCAAAUUCGGAAACCAAGGCUGUGGUGGUGGUCUUAUGAACAAUGCCUUCGAAUAUAUCAAACAAAACAAUGGAAUUGAUACCGAAAAAAGCUACCCAUAUACAGCUUCUGAUGGAAAAUGCCGUUUCAAACCAGAGAGCGUUGGUGCUACCGAUGUUGGCUACAUUUAUAUCAAAGAACAGAAUGAAACUGAUUUAACACUUGCACUUGCCACAAUUGGUCCCAUCGCAGUCGCCAUCGAUGCUUCGCACGACUCAUUUCAAUUCUACGGUGGUGGUAUUUAUAAUGAACCAGCCUGCUCAUCAUCACCAGAUGCUCUCGAUCACGGUGUAUUGGCUGUUGGCUAUGGUAAUGAUGGUGGAAAACAUCCAACAGACUAUUACAUUGUCAAAAACUCAUGGAGUGAAGGAUGGGGCGAUGCUGGUUACCUUAAAAUGAUGCGCAACUAUCAAAACCAAUGCGGUAUCGCCACUAUGGCUAGCUACCCACUAGUAUAA